UCAGCUGUGUCCAAUCACAGCUGAUCACUGAUGAUCAGUGUGCCCUGAUGAUCAGUGUAGCCCCAGCAGUGCCACCUGUCAGUGUCCUUCAGUGCCUUAUGUCAGUACUCAUCAGUGCCUCGUUCCAGUGCCCAUCAGUGCCACAUCAGUGCCACAUAUCAGUGCACACCAGUGCACAUCAAUGCCACAUAUCAGUGCCCAUCUUAGCUGCCUUUCAGUGUUACCCAUCAGUGCCAGUCAGUGCCACCUAUCAAUGCCAAUCAGUGCCACCUAUCAGU